AUGCAGUGCAGCAGCAGCAGCCUGCGGUGGCCUACGGAAAGCUCGCACGACCUCCGCAGACUUGCCAUCGGAGAAGUCGCCGUUGGGCACGAGACGGCGGCUGCGUUUAAGGAGAAGGAGGACGCGAGCACGCCCGCUGUGCAUCGCCGCCGACGACGACUGGCCGCGCAUCUUGUGAUCAAGAGCUCUACGCGCGGCGGAGCGCAUCUCGAGGUGCUGAUGCCACCCGAGCCUGUGGGCGAUGCCAGCGCUGUGAUGGGGUACAUGCUUCGAGACCCUCGGAAAGACAACGACAAGAGCAUGCUGCUAUCCCGUGGUAUGGCGUGCUGCCUGGACACCUCAAGAACACUGAACAACGUGUACCUGAAGGACUACGUGCUCGACAUUGUGCUGACCAAGUCCAAGCACAAGAAUCCCAAGCGUACGACGGUCGUGGAGCUGGAGGCGCCAGGCUUCCGUCACCGCCGUGGACCUGGACGGCACCGCAGCCUCACAAAAUACGCUGACCAGGGCAAGAUCUCGGUCCACACUUGCCGCGGGCUCUCGGUCGUGCCGCGCUCGCCACUUUUCCCAUGCAAGUUGCCUGACUCAAAGAGUAAGACUUGGAAGCGCUAG